AUGCUGAACAAACGGUACUAUUAUGUUACCAGAGACCAAUCAUUGCCGUGGCCCAACCGCGUGAUUCGUUACUGCUUCGAGAAGAAGACGACCGCGGCGCAAAAGAGCACGCUGAAGAAAUAUCUGAAGGAUGCGCGCAAAAUCUGGAUCUCCAAAGGACUGGACAGCAACUUCAGAAUCGAGGAGGUCAACGACAACGUGUGCACAUCCGAGGCCACCGAAGUCCUGACGGUGGGUUACCGCGAGGGUGUCCUGGCCACCACCGUUGGGUUCCCCAGCAGCACGAUCGGCGGGGGGCCACAAAUGUUGCUCAGCGACAGCACUGAAAUCGGCAUGCUGGAUGUCGUUGGCAACUUUGCUCACGAACUUGGUCAUGCCUGGGGACUCUAUCACGAACACCAAAAUCCCAAGUUCUGGGCGGGUGUUGCUGGCGCCGACGCUGGCGAAGUCUUCGGCCCCAACAACCCGGGAGGCUGGAACUGUGACAACCUCAAGGACUACUACACGUAUGCGAAUGGUGGUUUUCGAGUCCAGACCGGUGGAGGCGGAUUUCGAGAUAUUACAAUCCAACAGUUGUGCAGUAAUUGGCAAAUUGCCAAGGGUAACAUGUUCAGCGCCAGUGAAUACCUGCCUAUGCCAGGAGUCGGCACCCCGCACUCUAACGGCCACGGCGAGAACGACGUCGACUGGCAGUCUAUCAUGAUCUACCCCUCGGGUGCCGGAGGCAACUCAAAUGGCCAACCCACACCUCAGAACGACAAUCGAGAUGCUAUCUUGAUGAAGCCGGACGGCAGCAGAAUCCCCAUCAACCUAGCGCCCAGCAGCUUGGACAUCGCCGCCUUGAACGCCAUGUACGCCAAUGUUGAAGGAACCAAACUCGAUCUUCUCAAUUCCUUGACCAAUUUCAAGAAGGUGUACAAAACUAGCCAGUCUGGUCCCUCUGGCGGCUCGGGGUGCUUGUGA